GUACGAAUGGAUUGCAAAUGAGCGGCAGUUCUUUGAACAGUCCAAUUCGCCAUAUGACUUUGAAGCCAAUGAUCCAAAGGAGAAAAAGCGUCGCAUUCAAAAAGCUUACAGAGACCAAGGAGAAACUAGCCAAGAGUGUCAACAUGAGUGCCAUGAAUCUCCUGGGCUCUGCAAAGGAGCAAUAUGCUGAUUUGAUGAAGAAAGGUAAAAUUGUUUUAAAUGAUAAAGCCAAGAUUGCUGCUGUCAUUGAUGAACUGGAUAAAAAGAAAAAUGAGGCAUUGAAAAAGGCCUGGGAACAAGUUUGAAUAAGGUAGGUCACUACAUUUGUGAGUCCUGAUAAAUUCUGUGGCACGAUCAAGCAAGUCUUGCAAAUAGAAAAGCUUCGUGUAGUUAUGAGCUGCUUUGUGAUCACCAUUUACCAGUGAAAAUAUCUCUUCUCAUUUGCUAACUGGUGACUGUCAGGGUGUGCAGUGAUGUUCAUUACAUUCACCUCUCUGCAGGACUUGGCUCCAUCUUUUCUACAUUGUUGCCAGGCACACAAGGGAAGUUGUCUCCUCCUGAAGGUCAGACUGUGCUUGAUGGCCUUGAAGUCAAAGUUGCUUUUGGUGAUGUAAGGAAGGAAUCCUUAAGUGAGUUCAGUGGUGGCCAGAUGUAAGACAUCUGGAGCAUCUUUGUGUUCAGUCAAUAAAGCAUUUUCAUUCCUAAAAGCAGGUUUGCUAACAAGCAUGGUGUUUGCAGCAGCCACAGUUGUGUUGCUUUUAUCAAGAUGUAGUCAGAGUUUUGGGAGUACAUAAAGUACAUUGCGGGAAGAGUGAAAGGGUACUCUUUUUUUUUUGUUUCUCAUGAGCUAACUGCUCACAAGUUCUCCAAAGAUUUUGCCAUUCUAAGACAAGGUUCAUUUACUGCACUGUUUCAAGUUGUAUUGACCCUUAGAUCUUAUGCAACUGGUGGAUUUUCAAGAAGUAGUCGGUGAGCUGAUCACUGUAGGCCAGCAUGCUGUAAUAAGAACUGUCACCAGACUUUCAAAUGCACUCCAUCUGCAAGUAGUCCAAUUGGUGCA